AUGCCUGAGGGAGCAGGCCUGGAAGCAGAGGGAGCAGGCCUGGAAGCAGAGGGAGCAGGCCUGGAGACAAGAGGGAGCAGGCCUGGAGACAAGAGGGAGCAGGCCUGGAGACAAGAGGGAGCAGGCCUGGGGACAAGAGGGAGCAGGCCUGGGGACAAGAGGGAGCAGGACUGGAAGCAGAGGGAGCAGACCGGGGACAAGAGGGAGCAGACCGGGGACAAGAGGGAGCAGACCGGGGACAAGAGGGAGCAGACCGGGGACAAGAGGGAGCAGGACUGGAAGCAGAGGGAGCAGACCGGGGACAAGAGGGAGCAGGACUGGAAGCAGAGGGAGCAGGACUGGAAGCAGGACUGGAAGCAGAAGGAGCAGGACUGGAAGCAGAGGGAGCAGACUGGAAGCAGAGGGAGCAGACUGGAAGCAGAGGGAGCAGACUGGAAGCAGAGGGAGCAGACUGGAAGCAGAGGGAGCAGACUGGAAGCAGAGGGAGCAGACUGGAAGCAGAGGGAGCAGACCGGGGACAAGAGGGAGCAGACCGGGGACAAGAGGGAGCAGACCGGGGACAAGAGGGAGCAGGACUGGAAGCAGAGGGAGCAGACCGGGGACAAGAGGGAGCAGGACUGGAAGCAGAGGGAGCAGGACUGGGAGCAGGACUGGAAGCAGAAGGAGCAGGACUGGAAGCAGAGGGAGCAGACUGGAAGCAGAGGGAGCAGACUGGAAGCAGAGGGAGCAGACCGGGGACAAGAGGGAGCAGACCGGGGACAAGAGGGAGCAGACCGGGGACAAGAGGGAGCAGGACUGGAAGCAGAGGGAGCAGACCGGGGACAAGAGGGAGCAGGACUGGAAGCAGAGGGAGCAGGACUGGGAGCAGGACUGGAAGCAGAAGGAGCAGGACUGGAAGCAGAGGGAGCAGACUGGAAGCAGAGGGAGCAGACUGGAAGCAGAGGGAGCAGACCGGGGACAAGAGGGAGCAGACCGGGGACAAGAGGGAGCAGGACUGGAAGCAGAGGGAGCAGGACUGGAAGCAGAGGGAGCAGGACUGGAAGCAGAGGGAGCAGGACUGGAAGCAGAGGGAGCAGGACAGCUGGUGGUGGAGAUGUCAUCCAGAAGACUACCAACUGUGGAGUCCAGUGUGAAUUCCUCAAAGCCUUCAUCUUCCUCCUCCUCCGUCCAUGGCCAGGUCCUCCAGCAGCUGGUCAGUCUCCUCUGUGUCGGGGUCCACACUCUGCAAAGGCUGCCCUGUCUGACGUAGCAGAUAGUCCAUGCCUUAGAAUGAGGAGGGUUUGGUGGAGAGGGAUGCAGCAGCUCGGUCCUGAUUCCAAGAGGCUCUGGGGGCUCCUGGCAGGCCACUGGGAAGAGGCUGGGCUGGUCCACAAAAGCAGCACAUUCGCCAAAAUAGUCAGCCAGGCGGUCCAACCACUCCUCACUAUGGUUCUCCCUCAGCUGCUUGACCAGACGAGUUGGGCUGUUGCCCAGGGUUCGCUCUCUUAGCAUGCAGAUGACCCGUACGUCACAUGCAUACCUUCAUGAAAAAAACAAAGACUGUUUUCACGUAUUUGUUCAAAUGUUGUCAAAGACCUGCAUACCAGAGUAAACAUCAUUAUUUCACACAAUGUAAUUACAACAUUAAAGAAGAUGUGGAUAA